UGUCACCCGCGUGUUUGUCACCCGGAGUGUCCCCGGAGUGUCCCCAAGGCAUCCCGGGAGUGUCCCCAGCGACCAUGGAGCCCCUCGAGCUGCUGGAGCGGCAGGUCACCGCGGUGGCCACCCUGGGCGAGGUGGCGGCCACCGUGACCGGGCCACGCCGGGCUGUGUGGCGGCCCGUGUACCCAAAGUCCCUGUACACGGCCCUGAGGAUCCUCAUCUGGCGCUUCCCAGCCAGCCUGGGCCACCCUGCUGUCCCCUCCCAGGGCCACCGUGGCGUCACCUCCCUGGGCCAGGCCCUGGCCACCCUCAGGGCCACCCCGAGGGCCACCUGGGCCGACGUGAGAGCCGUGGCCAGCGCCUGGCGGGAGUUGGUGGCCGCGUUCGAGGACAGCUGGACGCAGCUGCUCAGGAGGGCCACCGAGCUCCGUGAUGAGUGCAGGAACGUGGCCACCGCUGCCACCCAGGCCGGGGACCCGCAGGAUGAGGCCACCCGCAGGGGGACAGCUGGGGACAACGUGGCGGCCACAGCCCAGCAGCUGACGGUGGCCCUGGACAGGGAUGAGGAGGCCUCGGCCGGGGCCACGCGCGAUGCCCGGGGGGCAGCGGCCACCAGCGAGGCCGUGGUGGCCACCAGCCAGGCGAGGACAGCCAGCAGGAGGGGACACUGGGCAGAGGUGGCCCUGGGGCUGCUGGAGCGCUUGGUGGCCGUGUUUGGCGAAGCCACCGCGUUCCCCCGGGAGCUGCAGCGCCGGCUUGGGGACAUCGAGGCCGCCCUGAAGGGGACAAAUGAGGCGUCCCCCAAUGUCCCCGAGGCCUUGGUGGCCAAAGUGGCCAAGUUUGAGCAGCUGUGGGAGGCCAGCGGCCACCUGUACACGCAGCACCUGGGCCGGGCACUUGGGGACAUCCACGACCUCCUCCUGAGUCCCUGUGGUGGCCGCGGUGGCCCCGGUGGCCCCGUCAGCCGCGUGGUGGCCAAGUGGUGCAAAAGAGCCAUCGAGGACAUCCCGAGGCUGCUGCAAGGCAGUGACGUCACUGCUGUGACGUCAUCGGGACAGUGACAUCAUUGGGGACAUCGCUGCUGUCACCUGUCCCUUCCAUACUUGGGAUUUGAGAGAAAUUUGGGGAAUUUUCAUUGAAAUUGUCCCCAAUCCUGAUGGGACAUUCCUGUGGUGACACCACUGGGGACACUCAGGGACACCCUGGGGACACU